AUGAUGAAGCUAGGGGACGACGAACUCACCUUAAUCCUGAGCCAUCUCCAAGACCCCCAUGAUAGAACCUCCUUCUCCGAAGUCUGCAAGCGCUUCCUCACAAUACACGCUCUCACACGAACCUCCAUUCGCCUCAUCGAACCAGAUUCCCUCCAUUCUCUUCUCCCGAGGUUCCCCAACCUCACCCACUUCCACUGCUCCGCCCCUCUCUCCGACAAUAACCUCCUUUUCAUCUCAAAAACAUGCCCCAACCUCAAAACUCUCAACCUCUCCUUUCGUCCCUCCUCCCUCCGCCGCACCUUCCGCCACUUCUCGCACCGCGCCAUUUCCUCCCUCGCUUCUCGAUGCCGCCUCUUGUCCGCGGUUUCACUCCGUCGGAGAACCGGUGUUGCUGAUGCUGGUGUCACCGCGAUCUGCGCCGCUUCGAACCACCUGAGACACCUAGACCUGGGGCGGUGCUCCCUCGUCGGAGACGGCGCGCUUGAGGCGAUCGGGCGCUUGAAUUCUCUCCAAGUUUUGAACUUGGAGGGUUGUUCGUUAGUUACGGAUCUUGGGUUAGGGUUUUUAGCUUCUGGGCCAUUGACCAAAACUCUCAAAGUUUUGGUUCUUGUGGAGUGCGAUAGAAUCACCGACACUGGGGUUUCCAAUUUGAAAAUUUUUUCCUCUCUGGAGGAGCUGAAUCUUGCGGAGUGUGGGCCCAAGGUGACGGAUGUUGGUUGCGUGGCGGUUUUCGAGGCGGUUACUGGGCUAAAAAAGGUGAAUUUGUCAUGGCUUGUUAACGUUACUGAUGCUGCGGUGGUUGCGAUGGCGGAGCACGGGCAGAAGCUGGUGGCGGUGAACUUGACAGGGUGUGAGUUGGUGAGUGGGGUUGGGAUUAAGGCAUUUGAGGGACAUGGAUGUUUGGAGUCUCUGGUGAUCCCUGGUUGCCACUACACAAGUGCCAGUGAUUUAGAAUGUGCGGUUCUUGGAUGCAAAUCUUUGAAGUAUGUUGAGCUUGAUAAGGGGCUUAUGUUUUGGUUGCCAUUGGAGACACAAGAGAAAAUUUCUAGGUUCUGUGACUUAGGUUGGAGCUGA